AGAGAGAGAGAGAGAGAGAUUUAUAUUUGACUCCACUCUCUGUGGAGUGUCAGGACAAAACUUUUAGUGCAGUGUUUAGAAAAUGAGCAAAAGGUCUACAUCUCCUCAAAAAGAUGGAGUUGCAGCAAGUGUACACAGAGUUUUCCAAAAGGAUCCCCCGCCAGAACCCGGCGGGACAAAGCAGUUUGAGGACAGAAAGGUGGGAUUGGGGAAGAAGGUGACUCUGCUCCGAGGCAUCUCCAUCAUCAUCGGAACCAUCAUCGGAGCUGGAAUCUUCAUCUCUCCAAAGGGCAUCCUUAAGCAUUCAGGCAGCAUAGGAAUGUCCCUUGUCGUGUGGAUUGCCUGCGGUGUGCUGUCCCUCUUCGCCCUGUCCUAUGCUGAACUGGGGACUUGCAUUAAGAAGUCUGGUGGACACUACACAUACAUACUGGAGGCCUUUGGCCCUCAGAUGGCCUUCAUAAGGCUAUGGGCUGAUCUCAUUGCAAUAAGGCCUGCAGCGAUGGCAGUCAUCUCUCUGGCCUUUGGUCAGUAUAUCCUGGAGCCUCUGUUCAUGCCCUGUGAUAUCCCCCCUAUGGCUGUCAAACUGGCAACGGCCAUCGGCAUAACUUCUGUUAUGUACCUGAACAGUAUGAGUGUGACAUGGACAGCGAGGAUACAAAUCAUCCUCACCUUCAGUAAGCUGCUGGCCAUCAGCAUCAUCAUAGUACCUGGAAUGUACCAGCUCUUUAAGGGAGAGACCAGGAACUUUGAGAAUGCCUUUGAGCUGAGCAACAUGAAGCUGUCUGGUAUGCCACUAGCCUUCUACUCUGGGAUGUAUGCGUACGCUGGGUGGUUCUAUUUGAACUUUGUGACAGAGGAGGUAGAUAACCCUGAGCGGACUAUGCCUCUAGCCAUCUGUAUCUCCAUGGCGAUUGUAACUUCCUGCUAUGUGCUGACUAAUGUGGCAUACUACACUGUGAUGACAGCAGAGGAGCUCCUGGCCUCAGAAGCAGUUGCUGUGACCUUUGCAGAGAAGCUGAUGGGGAACUUUUCGAUAGUGGUGCCUUUUUUUGUGGCCUUGUCCUGCUAUGGGUCCAUGAAUGGUGGUGUCUUCGCCUUAUCCAGAAUGAUUUUUGUAGCAUCUCGUGAAGGACAGCUUCCUGAGGUUUUGUCUAUGAUCCAUGUCCGCAGGCACACUCCACUGGCUGCUGUAAUCAUACUGUACCCUAUGACCAUGCUCCAGGUGUUUGUGGGAGAUAUCUACAGCCUGUUGAACUUCAUGAGCUUCUUGCGGUGGCUGUUCAUUGGUGUGGUGGUGUUGGCCUUAAUCUACCUGCGAUAUAUAAAACCGGACCUCCCCCGCCCCUUUAAGGUCCCUCUCUUCAUCCCUGUGGUCUUCUGCCUCACAUGUUUCUUCAUGGUCUUUCUGUCUCUGUACUCGGACCCAGUCAACACAGGAAUUGGAUUUGCCAUUUCCCUCACUGGCAUUCCUGCUUACUAUAUCUUCAUUAUCUUCAACCACAGACCAAAGUGGCUUCAAAGUGCUUUAGAUUCUUUCAACAGAACUUUGCAGAUCAUCCUUGUUGUCGUUCCCGCUGAGUAGCGACGCUUCAGAUCAUCAGUUCCUUGUAUAUGAGACAAUACCAAUUUUCCUCUGAGAUAGAGGAAAACUGGUAUUGUACCCUCUAUGACUCAUGUAGUACAAAGUACUUGUCCUGAUGUCUGAUAAAUGAGUGGGUCAACAUAAUGUAUUUUAAUAAAGAAUAACAAAUUUGUCUUCAAAUUGCUUUUCUAUCUCCAUGCCAUUUUAUUUGUGACCGUUUAAGGAAUAGUAAAUGCUAUUUGAUCACCAACUUCAACAACUUUAUUUCUACAGAGACUUGCUCUGUUUAGAUACAUUGUGUGGACACAUGGGAUUUUAUUACACCUUUCUACACAAACUCAUAUUUUUAGUAAAGUCUAACCAAACCACUUACUUGAGUUUGUUAUUUCUGUAAAUUAGUUCAUUGUGUGGUGUAGCUGAUUAGUUUACACAUUUUGUAAAUGUGUACACUCCUCCUUAGGAGAGUUAUAGGGGGCGGGGGGACAACAAUAUGAUGCAAAACAUUGUUUCUUCUGGGUGAUUAACAGCGAUUAAUCACUUCAUGCUUAAAAUGUAAUAAUGAGUUAAAUAUAUUUCUUAUUUUAAUUUUAAAGUAAUGUUAUCAGAACAACAGGCACUUUUGGAGCAACAGCAAGUUAACAGUAUAUAAAUCCGUUUCCUUUUCUUUCUGAAGAGUUACCUGAUGAAAGACGCAUUUUUUUUCUGGUAACAGCAUAAACAGUUUUUGUUGAGUAGUCUCUAGUGAGCGCAACACCACGUUUUAACGCUGUCACAUUAAAAAUAAAAAAUGAACACUACCUAACUCAUGGCUGGAAAACAUGGCCAUCUGUUCAUCUCAUCAUGUGGUCCAUACAGUCUCGGGGCACUGUUUGCAUCUCCACUUUAUGAAUCAACACUCUACAGUGGCGGCUAGUCCAUGAGCAAGCUUUUUUGUGGUUUAUUACAUUAAAAACUAAUUUUAGAAAUAGUCAAUAUUUCUGUUUUUGAAAAGUGGAUUAUACACCCGGUAAUAUUUGUAAAUUAAGAUAUCUGAGCAAAAUAUAUGCUUUUCCUGCACGUCCUUUCCGCUUGUUUCCAACUGAGUCUCACAAGAAACGUGUAAUAGCUACGUUGGUCCACAAGGAAAAACUUUACAAUGUCACGUUUUUUGGCGUAUUCAUUUACAUUGCCUCGCAACUAGUUCAGGUGACUAUCAAGUUUCCCCUUAGCGAAAAGAAAAACAUGGCAGACUGUCGGCAUAUUAUUUCUGAAAAACUAUUUUAAGAAAGCAUCGGCAGUAAUAUGCAUUUCGAUGGCAUUUCGCUGGCAUUUCUAGCGAGAAGUAUGCCUUAUACUUUGGUAAUCUUUUAUCAGAGAAUGUAGAAUGUAAACCUUCUGUUUAUUGCUUUCAGCCUUAAAGGCACUAAUUGCCAACACAAAAACCAACACAAAGCACUCGAAUCACAGUAUUACUUUUCAAACAUAAAUUCCCUUAUUUUUAUGAGUUGUGUGUCUCUUUCAAAACCCCUUACGUUUUCAUGGGAAGGGGGGGCCUUUUUGGUCUGGAGCGUCGUUUCUCACUGUAAGGGCAAAAAUAUAUGUAACUCUUCUAAAUGCUUCAUUGUAUGACCAGUGUAUUAAUUGCAAGUGCUGGGAUGGCAAGGCCAUGGGAAAAGAGCUUCAGUGUUUCACACUGAUAAGAUGUCCCCAGUGUCCUGGCUGUAGAGACUCAACAAGUUAGUUCACAUGUGUUGAAUGUAAGCAAGAUGCCACCUGUAAUUGAACUGAGGUAUAAAAACGGCCUGGCCCUGAUGUGAAGGGGAAAGGUUCUUGGCAGUCUACUGAGCAUGUAGCUGCUGUGACCUUUCUUCCCUUGCAAGGAAAUAAACUGAGAAAGACAUAUUUGACUCGGAGCCUUCAUUGUUAUUUAACGAUUGUCUGUGCAAAAACUUCCACCACACGCUCGUGUUUCUCAACGUUUGUAGUGGGUCGCGCGGGCCUUCGCAUGGGAAAAUUAAAAAACAACAUCCUGUGAUUUUAUUUUGAAGGGACUUUUUGUAAUGCAGCGGAGUUUCAUCAUUUUUUCCGGCUUGUCCGUCCAUGUUUUCCGUCAGCGCAGCAAUUAGAACGCGGAAGCUUUCUUAUAAUGUGUUUUUCACAGAUAAUAAGCCGACAGUCCGCCAUUUUCUUUUU